UUUACAAUCAAUAAUCAAAUAAUCAAAUAAGCCGAGCAGAGAUUGUCACAUAUCUGAAGAUUGUGAUAUGAUCUGCAAUGAAUACUUCAUAUGAGGCUGUGUUUAAUAGAAUGAUGUAAGUAUUUUAAGAAGUCAUUUUUUAAGUUCUUGUGUUUAUUCAGCAGGUUUCAUGUUGAUGAAGAAAACUGAGAAGUUAAAGAUGACAAAGGUGUGUCUGUUUGAGGUAAAGAGGUGUUGUCUUUUUCUUCCAGAUGGAUGAAGAGCUCCAUGUCAUCUUCACGUAACAAAUGACACUUUGUUACACUGAAUUUCAGAAGUAUCCUAAUGGACGGUUGCAUCAGUUGUUUACCACCAAAUUUCCGUCAGGAGCCAAUGGCGAGUUGCAUCAUUGCCAAUCGCUGUUAAUGAUGAAGACUUGCCACUACAUGUUUUCUGAACGAAUCCCACCAUCCAGACUCGUUCUUCACGGAGCCAGUAAAUAUGUGUAGAUGUUAGCAUGUUAUGUAUUUUAUAAUCUCAAUAAAAUGCAAAUGUUUCUUCUCCAAGAGAACCGUUCAGACCACAUAUUUCCAUAUUGGCCUUUAGUCUCCAGAACGCUUGGCUCUGAUUGGCUCCUGGAGCUCUCUGCGGUGUUGAAUCAUGGGAUUGAAAGUGUCGUCUGCAUCUUCAGUUUAAAGCUUUAGAGCUGUGGGUGCCACCAAAAACUUGAUACGAGCUCUUGCGGCUGAAGAUCAUCUUUGGGACCACAGGAACUCAUGAAAGCUGUUUGAGAGGAACGAUGGCAAUCCUGCAGCUCUUCAGACUCAUCAACUCGUCUCUGCUCCUCAGUCAGCGUCCUCUGAACGUCUCGGUCGAGCAGACGGUGUACAGCAGCUGUGCAGAGAUGCCCAUCGUGCUCAUCUUCUACCUGGUGCUGCAGUUCAUCAACAUGUUCCUGGGCAUCCCGGCCAACAUCAUGGUUCUGUGGCUCAUUCAUAAGAACAAGGGCGACUCGUCCACCUCAGACAUCUUCAUCGUCCACCUGGCCGUGCUGGAUGCAUUCUUCUGCCUCAUUCCUCCGCUGGAGCUGGCCAACAUCGUCUACAUGAGCACCAGCAGCACCUGGUAUGUCCUACGCUUCUUCUACGGUGUUAAAGACUCGUCGCCGCUCUUCCUGUCCUGCAUCUGUCUGGACAGAUAUAUGGCCGUGCGGCAUCCCAUCACUUUCACUGAGCUCAAGGACAAGCGGCAUCGCUCCGUCUGCGCCGCUGGCGUCUGGUUCCUCACUUUGGUCUACGCAGCAGCCAAGUGUGUGGGAAGUAUCCCAAACUUUGACAAGGUGUUCACCGUCAUGAUCCUGGUGGUGUUUGCGUUCAUGCUCUUCUGUAACGUCUCCAUUCUCUGGGCUCUGAGACAGUCGGCUCCAGGUCGAGACGAGAGACACCCGGUCAAGAAGAAGGCCUUCAGGAUGGUCCUCAUCAUCUUGGCAAUCAUUGUGUUUAACUACUUCCCACCGGUGGCUCUCUUUCCCUUCCAAGAGUAUUUUUCUCCGGAUGUCUUCCGCUGUUAUAUCCACUACAUCGCCUUUGGCUUCAUGGACAUCAGCAGCAGCAUCCAGCCGGUUCUGUAUCUGUCACGGGAGAAACUGCCCAAAGCCCUACGCUACUGCUCCAAAAACACUGACCCAAGCGCUGAUCUCAUUUACACCGUCAGUCGGUGAGCGCCGGCUCUCAGAGGAUUUCACUUGAUUAGAGCUGAGCCACUGCACACAGUACUGUAGGUUUGUGCACGUCUACAAACAGUUUUAAAGCUGCUAUUAAGAACUAUCAUUUGUCAUUAGCCUGAGCUAGAUUGUGUAUUUUAAUUUAUCCAUUUUGGUUUACUUUAUGAAUUUGUAUGUUAAUAGAACAGUGCUUUGGUCUGCAUGCGUAUUACAAAUUAAUAAAUAAAUGCUUUUCCUGCCAAACCAUGUG